UUCAGAAUGGCAGGCUUGUCGACGUUCAUCCUCCUCCUGUGUGCUGCUGAAGAGGUGCUGCCCUCCAGUCCCCACUGGAAGCCAACUUGGCCGUCUUACCGCGUUCCAGUCAUCCUGCCGCAGUCUACCCUGAACUUGGACAAGCCACGGUUUGACGCGGAGACCAAACUGGAAGUGGUAUCUCCUUGUGGCCCCGAGUGCCACAAAAGUUCCCCGCUGCCCACCUACGAAGAAGUGAAGGACUAUCUGUCCUAUGAAACCUUGUAUGCUAAUGGUAGCCUCACGGAAACCGAAGUGGGCAUUUAUAUUCUGAACAACGGCGGUGAGGGGUCUCGAGGCAAAUCUCGAACUAAGAGGCAGAUCUAUGGGUAUGACAGCAGGUUUAGCAUUUUUGGGAAGGACUUCUUGUUGAAUUACCCAUUCUCCACGUCGGUGAAGCUGUCUACAGGUUGCACGGGGACGCUAGUGGCUGAAAAACAUGUUCUUACUGCUGCUCAUUGCAUCCAUGAUGGCAAGAGUUAUGUCAAAGGAGCUCAGAAACUGCGGGUCGGGUUCUUGAGGCCCAAACUGAAAGACGGCAGCAAAGGGGCCAAUAUUAGCAGCUCGGCAAUGCCUGAGAAAAUGAAAUUCCAGUGGAUCAGAGUGAAACGAACACACGUUCCCAAAGGAUGGAUCAAAGGAAAUGCCAAUGAUAUUGGCAUGGAUUAUGACUAUGCCCUGCUGGAGCUCAAGAAGCCUCAUAAAAGAAAGUUUAUGAAGAUAGGAGUGAGCCCACCAGCACGGCACUUGCCUGGAGGGAGGAUUCACUUCUCUGGCUACGACAACGACCGGCCAGGAAACCUGGUUUACCGAUUCUGCGACGUCAAGGACGAAACAUAUGACCUGCUGUACCAGCAGUGUGAUGCGCAGCCAGGUGCCAGUGGCUCUGGGGUCUAUGUGAGGAUGUGGAAGCGGCAGAAUCACAAGUGGGAGCGUAAAAUUAUUGGAAUAUUUUCUGGCCAUCAGUGGGUGGACAUGAAUGGCACACCACAAGAUUUCAAUGUAGCUGUUCGCAUCACCCCCCUCAAAUAUGCACAGAUCUGUUACUGGAUCAAAGGCAACUACCUUGACUGCAGGGAGGGAUAAAGACAAUUAAACUCCUUGAAAGCACUUAAUGACUGGUUUUAAUUACUCCUCUGAGGAAAGGCUAGACUUCUGCUGCAAACGUGUGAGAUGUGAUUUUCUUUUGCAACACCAGGAUGUGAUCUGUAGCCUUGCAAGCCACCUUGUUCUCAGGACAGUGGUUGCGUGGUGCAGACGUUAUAGCUAGAAACUGUUUGGGACAGAGGAAGGUUUCUUGGGUGGGGAAGGGGCAGGUAGACUUGCUGG